CAUAUAAAUGGAAGGUUUAAUAAACUCAUGUUGUGUUAUUUGUGUUUGCAUGGGAGACUGCUUUUUAAUAGGCAGAGAUGUUCAUGCAAAUUCCACAAGCAAACCAGAUGAUGAUCUACAAAUCUUGAUUAUGACAUCAUUGAAAACUAAAAUGGAGGAAUUAAAAUCCAUUGGAGAUGAUGUAAAGUUGAAGGUAAUAAAGUUAAGAGAAGAGGAAGGUAUGAAGCCAAGCAAAGCAGUUCAAGAUUGGUUAAUAAGAUUGGAUGCAACACAAAAACAGGUUUAUGAGAUUUUUCCAGAAUUUGAUGAUAAAAUGGAUCAUAAGAUAAGUCCAAUAAGUAUCAGUAGAAGUGAAGCAGCUUCAAAGCUUAAGAAAAAGUUGACUAAAUUGAUGAAUGAGUUUAAUGAUAUGAAAAGGAAAGGUGAAUUUCCACUGCUGGCUAAUUGAGCAGGGGGAUCAUAGACAAGCGUAGCAGGUCCUGGAGCUUCUUUUGCAUUGUAUUGCAUUUGGGAAGAGUGAUGAGAACGAAGCAUACCCUGUGUCAUACCACUAUCUUUCGAUUUUGUAGUUUUUGUUAUCUUUUGUAAACCUUGGUUGUAUAUGUUUUGUUAUGAGGCCUUGCGUCCUCCCUUGUAUAUUUGUAUUUCCGCUGCGUAGUUUAUAACUCUGUAUGGUUUUAAGGAGUUAAGUCUUUUUAAAACACAAACGUCGACACUGGAACCACGAUCCAUGCUUGGCAUGUUGAUUUGAGAAGCCGGCGACGAAUUAUUCCGCCGUGACAUAGCUUUGAUAGGCCGUUGGUGCCUUUACUUUAUUAGUUUCUGAAUUAACUUUUGUUUUUCUACAAAGGCGCACAGUUUUAAGGCAGA